UCCAAGCCUAUGUAGCAAGCAGGUCAAACAUGAAAUAAGCUGGUAAACCGGUUUAUACCAUUAUAUGGUAGAUGAUACGAUUUGAUUGAUGUAGAACAUGUUUAUGUCAGUUUCGACAAAGUAUAUGAGAAUAUUAGAAAAUUAUUAAAAUCAAAUGAAUUAUUGCAUAUAUCAAGACAAUUUUAGGGAUGACAACAUGUCGGUCGAUCGGGUCCUAAAAGUUCAUAUUCAUUGCCUACAUAAAAUAGUAUGAUUUUACUAGGGGUGGGCAACGGGAAACGGGUAUUUGGGUAUACCCGUCCCGUUUUUUAAGGGUUACGGUUACAUUCCUAAUAAGGGUACCCAUAUUAUAAACGGAUGGGACGGGUUGUACAUUCCUAAUAUGGGUACCCGCGGGUUACCCGCGAAUACCCAUUUGGGUAAUAUGGGUACCCGUUAUACCCAUUUAAUACAAAGGCAGUCCAGCCCCAUUCAGAACCUGGCUUCCCAUGAACCUAAAAAUUUGGACACUUUCUGCAUUCAACAACACAAGAAAAGUAGCAGCAUGCCUCCCAUUUUGUUGUGUUGAAUGAAACUUCUUAUUUGAUAAUUUGGUGCUUGGAAUGAUUUAUUUCUAUGUGUUGUGAUUGUUUAUGAAUGUGUUAUUUGCAAACCGAGUAUUUGUGAUUGGGAUGUAUUUUGUGUCUUGUGAUUGUUAAGCAAAUACAAGUUUAAACUUUUGUUAAAAUUUUAGUGGUUUAAACUUUGGGUAUUUAUGGGUAGUAUGAGUACCCGUUAUCCGUCCCGUACGGGAAAUGAGUACUCAUUUCCCAUAUGGGUUUGGGAUAUGGGAUGGACUUUGGUCUCCAAACGGGACGGGUAUCCCGUCCCGUCCCGUUGCCCACCCCUAGAUUUUACCCAUACCCACAAUCAUACAAUAAUUUGUAAAAUAUCAAAACCAAACCCCAUACCCGACAUGUUUCACGCAUCCACAAUUAACCAUGAAUAAUAACUUCUCUUCUUAACUUUAAACAUGUUAAUAGUUUUAAAUAUACUAACAUUACUAAGUGAAAAACUAAAAUAAUACAUAACUAAAAUGAAGAAACUUAGUUAAAAAUAAUGAUUACUUAAAAAAAAUACAUACACAAUGUGUAUAAUAAAGUAUGAAUAAUAAAAGAGUGAGAAAACAAAAUCCAAUCAUCACCCACAAUAUUAUUCGAGUUCAGAUUUUAAAUAAUGCUUAUUUUUCUUGGGUAAAUUGCAAGGUUGAUCACUGAGAAUACUAAAAACGUUCAUGUUUGGUCACUAUAAAUAUUUAAUUCCAAUAAUGAUCACUAGAUUUAGUAAAACAGUUCAAGUUUGGUCACUCUCUGUUAGUCUCCGUCCAUCUCCUUUAACGAAGACCGUUAUGUGCUGACAUGGCAGACAGAAUCAUCCAAUCGACCUAAUUAAACCCUAAAAUAAUGAGACCUGACCUGCCACGUCACUAACCCCCGCCACGUCUUCUUGCCCAGCCCAAUCCAACACUUUAACCAAACCCAACCCAAUAACCGACCCACUCAAGCCCCAAACCUCCGACUUCUUUCGCAGCUGAGAUGAACACGCAACAGUUGGCUCCAUCUCCCUUUCCUCUGCUUCUUAUCGGAUCGACCAGCACCUCCGAUUAAAGCCAACAUGGCUCUCGUCCCUGGGCAAAUAAGAGGGUUUGGCGGUGGUUCUAGUGCGAUUGGAGUCUGGAGAGACAAUGAGCGAGGGGAGAGAGAAGAUCCGACGGAGAAUAGAUCUGUGUCGCGACUCCACUCCUCCAUUCUAGUUCACGACGGCACGGAGAGGAAUAAUCGACGGCGGCGAGUACGACUAUCAGAGAGGGGUCGAGGGAAGAUGGAGAACUGGGAAUCCAAAUCGUUGGGUGGGGGUGCAUGGAGGCCGAGACGCGGAAUCAACGGAGGAGAAUGGGGAGAGAGGGAUUUGAGGGGAAGGAGCCAGGGGCAUAAAUAAAGGAGAUGGGAUUUUGGGUGCGGGAAAAAUUGAAUUUGGAGCGUUUGGAUUCAGAUUUGGGUUUCGACUCUGUAUUCCAUGUUUCGACCCUCUGUCGCGAAAUGAGUUCGGGGAAGGAGAUGCAACGGUCAGUGAUGCUGCCGAUGAUAGGGAUUGCGAGCUUGGACGGAUAGCUGUGGUCGAGCUUUAGUGGUCCGGAGGCGAGCUGAUCUUUGCUAGUGUUGUUGGCGAUGGAGUUGGUGAGCAAGAGAUAUGGGUUGGGUGGGUAUCUCAUGUGGUGGGUUUAGCUAGUGACCAAACAUGAACGUUUUUAGUAAUCUGAGUGACCAAUCAUUCAAUUAAUAACUCUAUUUUUCUUGUUCUUGUUAGACCAUUUGUAGUUUGGUAUGAUAUCAGCUUCACCACGGAAGAAAGUUACGAUUUAUGGGCCAGCAAAUCCGGAUUGUUCAAAUUGGUCUCAAAUCAAGGUUGUCAAACCGAUUUGUGCCAGUGUGUCGGUUUAGCAAGUGGAAUGGUUCGACCGGUGGUACAUACCGGUUUGUACCGAUUCAUGCCGGUUAAUAUUACAAAUAAUUUACAAAUACUCAUAUUUAAGCACGACAUUUAACGUAAAUACCUAAAUAUUUGUACUUGAAUCCAACAACUAACAUCAACAUUUAACUUUUUAACACAUAAAAUAAAUAAUAAAUUACUUUUUAUCAAAUAAAUUCACUAAUAUAAGAUCAUUUUACUUAGAGAUUCAUAUAUCAAUUAUGCCGGUCAUACAGAUUUUAUGACCGAUACAAGUUGAAUCAAUUAUGCCGGUCAUACAGAUUUUAUGACCGAUACAAGUUGAACCAGUAGUACAUGCGUAACAACCAUGUCUCAAAUAAAUAUUAACUUAAUGGUUCUGCGGGGUGACUUUUACUCAUUUGGCCCAUUUUUUAUCACUUACACUAACAGAUCUAUGACGUUUGGAAGGUUGGUGUUUCGAUCAAAUUGAAUUGAUUGCAAAACUCAAACUCUGAUCCAAUUCGAUUGAUUGAGAAAUUAGGGGAUCGCAGAAAUUGAUGAACUAGCUCCGUCUCCGUAGCUCUCGCUUUCUGCAGCAUCUAAUAAAGAUUUCGCCCGAUACGGUUCCUUCCUUUCGUUGACCUUAUCCUUAUGAUUUUUAGAUAGAGAUUCUGGUAUUAAGAUGAAAAGAUAACAAGGGAAAAUAUAUGAAUGUGGACGAGCAACAAUCGAAUCGUCAAUCCAGAUAUGACGACCGAAACGAUAUCUCGGCCAACUUGCUGUCAAAACCGCCGUUCGUUUCCGCCGGCCAAGAGACACUCCAUAUCAAUCUCUGGCCGGACAUAUAUUCGGAGGAACGGCGGCAGGGAACUCAAAAACUUCUAAAAAGAAACAGGAAAACGAUAACCGAUUAGCAUGAAUUCGAGAAACAGAAGAUUGAGAGCGUUGGAACUUGGAAGAACGCGACGCCGGUGAGCUGAGCGGAUGAAUUUGAGAAAGAGGCGUGCGUGGUGUUUAUAAAGGCGUAAAUGGUAA